UUAAGCUGGUUAUGAAGGACUGGAGGACUACUAUUCUUUUAGUCUUGGACUAUCUUACAAUAUCAUACAGACAGGCAUUGCCUGGGAAACCUAGACAAGUCCAACUGGACCCAAACCUAGACAAGUCCAGCUGGACCCAAUUCUUCCAGUAGUUGCAUGGAUGUGAUAUUUUUCUGAGAAAAUGUUCCGAAUCCUGGCAAUCCUCACCCUGAAGGCACAACUCCACCUCAUGACAGCUUUAUUCGUAGUUGAAGUUCCCCAGGAACUAUACACUGUAGAAUAUGGAAGCAACGUCACCAUGGAAUGCAGGUUUCCAGUGAAUGGGGAGUUAAAUCUAAAACUCUUAAGUGUUGCUUGGGAGCAAAAAGAGCAAAAAGAGCAGGAAUCCAAAGAGGUUUACACUCUUCACAAGGGAGAGGAAAUCCUUAAAUCCCAACACAGCUCCUACCAGGGAAGAGCAACAUUGUUACCUGAUCAGUUGAAAUUGGGACGCUCUGUGCUUCAAAUCAUGGAUGUCAAGCUCACGGAUGCAGGGUCUUACCGCUGUCUCAUCGACUACCAAGGAGCUGAUUACAAAUACGUUAUUUUGAAAGUAAAAGCUUCCUACAAGAAAAUACACAUCCAAGGAAAAAAUAAACCAGAUGAAGAGAAAUUGGUUUUAACUUGCCAGUCGGAAGGAUUUCCCCCGGCUGAAGUGAUCUGGCAUAAUGAGAAGAAUCAGAGUGUGUCUGCAAAUACUACCUACACACUGACCACAGAUGGACUAUACAAUGUCACCAGUAUUGCAACAGUCAAGCCAGAAACAGGAGAAAACUAUAGCUGCAUAUUCUGGAAUAAAGAAUUGAAUGAAGUGACUUUGGCUUCUGUUUCCACGUUAGGUCUAGUCAGUUCGGAAAAUGUUGGACAAAAACCUCCAAUCUUAUUUAUCGUCCCAACGUGUGUAAUAGCAGUUAUUUUCCUAUCUGCAAUCUUGAUUUUUUGGAGGAAAAAAACAUUUACAAAGUUUCAUGGGAAAAAAGACAAAAGACGACAAAUCCCUCAUUUAUCAAGAGAAGAGAACAGAGAGUUGAACACUCAGACACAGGAUUUAAUCUCAAUGAAUGUCACCAGUUCAAGAGGCAGCAGGGAAGAAAGCCUAUAAAAACUCAUCUGUCAUGCUUCCAGUUUGCACUUUUCUGAUCUCUCUUGGAGGCCUAACUAGGGAAGUCCAGCACUUUAGUUCUGAGACAAACUGCACGUUUUGUUUUUGUCAGCAGUAUUGCACUUAUGUGCUUCCCAUGCCUUUCCAUGUAUUGUCUUUCAGAGUUACAGAGACGUACACUAUUACUAAAUGUAACUGAUAGCUGUCAAGGGAUUAUCUGAGGGAGUAUUUCAUACUUUAUGUGUUUGGGUAGAUUGCUCUCCUGAGAACACACUGUGAACCAACAAUUGUAUUUUCAAGAAUCUCCUUCCUAGCUGGCUUGUUUUCAGAAGUGGAGCUGGGAUACAAAGCCUCGUCACUUUCUGUGGGACUCUAAAUAAAAGCAAUACAUGGUAGCAGUUGCCUGGACAAUCACCUACUGCAUGCAAAAAUUACUACACAACCAUUUCUCCAGGACCAAACUGUCCAGCACUUAAAACUGGAAGUUACCUCAAGCACCAACAACAUGGAAUAGACUGAAGACAUUUUCAGAAACCCAAGGAAGCUGUUGAGACUAAAGCAAGGAACAGUUCCCCCACCCCAAAUUCAACAUUAUCAUCACAGAACACACAGUUUUCUGUACAGUUUCUGUUAACCCUCACAUGCUAUUGCUAAUUUGUGGAAAGUGGGUGAUAUGAAAUUUGUUUUGGAGAGGUAGGUAAGCAGUUACAAAACAUGGAUGACAGUACUGUGUCCACAUAUAUAGCUAAAUAGUUUUGCUCUUGAGCUGGUUUACUAACAGCAUUUGCUUAAAGAGGUAUUUCAAAACAAAAGCAAACACUGAGUUUCAUACAGAUUUCUGGGCUAAAUAUAUCUAUUGGCCAGGCUUCGGUUUUUGUCCUUCUCAGGAAGAGACCAUUAAUCCUCUCUAUAUGAGCCACUGGAUGGAGACUUUAUAUCCCACCAAAGGAAUGUGUUGUAAUGCCUGAAUCGACUAUGAAUAAAUUGUGUAUGUAGGACCAGCACGUUCCUUCUGUAUUACUUCAAGAUUUACCUCCUGAAUUGGCACCCAGUGGUGAGCCAGAACUCACUGGCAAAACUUGAUGUAACAUGUCCCUGGAAGACUGGCUUUUGUGCAUGUGUCUUCCAGAAAAGCAGAUGUUGUUUGACAGAACCUGGUAGGCAGAAAAUUAGACAAACCACUGAGACCGAUGUUCAAUAAUCUCACUCCCAAAAACCCCUGGGCUUGGAGAUAAUUACAUUUUCCCAGAAUGCUCUGGAUUAGCUGUACAAAGGUUGCUAUACACCUGGAUUUGGAGGUCUGAGGUCUGGCUCCCCAGUAUCCUGCACUUUGUGAAUGCAUUACACUAUCACCAGGGCAAAGUGAGUCUACAACACUACUAGCUGACCAGAAUAAUAGCAUGUUUUCAUCCAUUUUGCAGUUGCCAUGGUAUGUUGCAAUAGCUUGUUUAAAAAGUCAACAUUAACAUAGAUUGUAUGAGUAUUCGCUGCUAAUGGGGAAACAUAAAGUCUCCUCUAUGGUUCA